AUGGAGUCCCUCCCUGAAGCAGUCCUGAUCAGAAUCCUGGCUUCCAUACCUGCAGUGGAGCUGGUGCUGGCGUGCCGCCUGGUCUGCUGCCAGUGGAAGAACCUGGUCGAUGGAGCCGCGCUCUGGAUCCUGAAGUGUCAAGCAGAGUCACAGGAGAAUGCUGAAAACUGGCAAAACUUCUACUUCCUCAGUAAGAAAAAGAAGAAUCUCAUCAAGAACCCAUGUGGUGAAGAAGACCUGCAGCACUGGGGAGAGGUAGAGAAUGGAGGUGAUGGCUGGAAAAUUGAAGAGCUCCCUGGGGACUUUGGAAAAGAAUUCCCUAGUGAAGAAGUCCAUAAAUACUUUGUUACAUCUUACGAGUGGUGUCGAAAGGCUCAGGUCAUUGACCUUAGGGCUGAGGGCUACUGGGAGGAGCUGAUGGAUACAACCCAGCCUAAAGUUGUGGUAAGAGACUGGUACGCUGCACGCAGCGAUGCCGGCUGCCUCUAUGAGCUCUGUGUGAAGCUGCUCUCGGAAAAUGAGGAUGUUCUGGCUGAGUACAAAAGUGAGACUAUUGCCAUCCCUCAGGACAACGAUGCCAGCUGGACUGAGAUCUCCCACACCUUUUCCAACUAUGGGCCUGGGGUCCGCUUUGUCCGCUUUGAACAUGGUGGCCAGGACACACUAUUCUGGAAGGGAUGGUAUGGCGUGCGUGUUACCAACAGCAGCGUGACAGUGGAGCCAUAG